AUGAAAAGCUCAUCAGCUCAAUGUCACAUUUGCAAACGCGGUCCAUAUCUGCUGUGCAAUCUAUAUUCUCAUUUACGUCAAGUUCAUUACUGCAAAGAAGACGAAGUUAGGGAUGUUCGAGAUGCGAUCAAGAGAGCGAAGUAUCGGGUUCUUCAGCCACGGAACUGCGAUGUCUGCGGAAAGGUCUACUAUUCACCAAGCGGUCUGAGGAAACAUAAACGGAAUACUCAUAAAGAAAGGGUCGACGCAACAUCAACCUCCACCGAAAGUGAUCAUGUUGUUGGUCAGGUUAAAAACUACGUUAUUUGUCCAGGAUGCGACGGAACAUUACGCAGUAACCUGGAGUUGGCUGCUCACUGUUACAGCGACCAUAAUGAUGGGAUUUCGGAUUUUACUAUUAUAGAAGCACAGUUUAGUUGCUGGAAAACUUUCGAGAUAUGGAAAACUAGAAAAGAACGUGAGACGUUUACGAAAUUAGUGAGAAGGACUAGUAGAAAGAGCACGAAAGGAACCACGCAUGUGUACGCAUGCCAGUACUCUGGUCGACGUACUGCUAGGACCGAUUCUAUGAAGAUACGUGAGAAAAAGCACAAGCGCAUGUCGAAACACUGUCCUUGCUUCGCGAAGGCCACUCAACGGUUCGAUAAAACUGUUUAUGUGUUGGCAUGUUUUGGUCACUUUGGCCACCAGGUCAACUCAGCAGAUCUCCCACUUUCACGAGACGAUGAGAUGGUGGUAAAGUCAAUGAUACUGUCUGGUAUGCCCUACAACAAGAUAGUGUCUCAGUUACGGAUUACUCGAUGGAAUGUUGAAGCACCUCAGGAAUUGCAGCCGAGGCUCUGUUACUUAACUAACAGGGAUGUCUCUAAUAUUGCCGCCCGACAUGGUUUGCUAGACGUCAAAACUCAUGAUAACUCCAGCUGCUCGGGUUCUUUGAAAGGUGAAGCCUCACCAGAGAGGUUUGCUGAAGAAAUGAGUGACGAGGAGGUCAUCGUCGAUUACUAA